AUGACAUGUGUUGUUGUUGCAUCUCACAGAUCAGCCGAGCGCAGGCGUAGCUCCCUGGUAGUGAGUCUGCCGGGACUCGAGGUGUUCCCUGGAGAUCUCCUGGUGUCAGACAGUGCCAUGGACUACUUGCCCUACUCAAAAGAGCGCAGGUACAGGGUGGGGUUUGUUCAUCUGAGCCCAGCAAAAAUCAGGACUGGAGCAUGUGUGCAAGCUAAAGACAAACAAAAGCAAGCAUCUGAUCUGGAAAAUUUUCUUUCAACUGUUAAGAUCAUAGACUGUGGCACAUAUGAAUUUUUCUGCUUUAAGAGUAAAUCGUGGCAGGAAUUUAUAAAUGAGCAACAGACUGAGCAGAAAGCUGUCAACAGCCGGUUAGAAGUGAAAAAAGAAGCAGCAGUGUGGGAACUUUUCACAAGUGAAUGCACUUACUUUCUGGAUCAUUUGUUGGUUCUCAAGAUGAUAUUUAUGAACACUCUAAAAUACCUCCAGAGUAAUGAAUUUCUCUUGGAUGUGGAUUUGUGGAGACUUUUUGCAAACUUAGAGGAGUUAAACAAGAUAAGUCUCAGAUUUCUGAAAACUUUUUUUGAAACUGUGAAGAACCAUGUCAGCAAGUCAGACUCUCCUAUGGAUUUCAGCUCCAUACUCAGAAUGUUUUUCCAGGGUGACCUCUGCCAGACACACCAGAUUUAUUGCCUUAAUUAUACCUCUGCUGUCUUCUACUUGGAAAAACUGAGACAGAGAGAAGAUUUUGGCAUCUACCUGAAAUGGUGUGAACAAAAUGAACAGUGCAAGAGGCUGCAUCUGCCAGAGCUGCUGGUCGCUCCUCUGCAUCGACUGACGCGCUAUCCCCUCCUCCUUAACAACAUCUGGAAGAGGAGCACUGACGAAACAGAGAAAGGUUUUAUCCAGUCACUUAAAGAGAAGGUGGAAAAGUCCAUACGGGAUCUGGAAGGUAAAGUCAAGUGGUUGGACAACUUUCAGAAGUUCAGGCAGCUGCAGGAGGUCAUAAUUUGGCCCCAGGUCUGGGAUCGUGACAAAAGGUUCUUUGUCCCAGAGUGUUUGAAGCAAAGCUUAAGAGAAAAUAGCAGUGAAAACAUUUUGUCUUCAGCAAACCGAUUUCUCCUUCAUGAAGGGAGGCUGGCACUAGCAGAAAGCACAAGACUCCUUGACGUCUACCUCUUCCUAUUCGAUGAUUUCCUACUAAUUACCAAAAUCAAACGUAACAAAAAGAAAUACGGGGGCACAGACACCAGCUUAAUCCCUGUCUGUCCUUCCCUCACUCCUGAGCUGCAAUCCUUCAUAAGAGAGGGUGGAUUUUGCACAGUCCUAGACCAGCCCAUCCCACUAGACAGACUGAUACUGAAAAACAUUGAACCCGUCCAUGUUACAGUCUUCAGUCUGCGAAAUGCUUUCCUAAUACAGCAUGAAAACAGGUAUCAGCAGUGCAUAGCAGUCUUCUUGCUACAAGCUCAGACAGAGACUGCCAAGAAAGCAUGGAUGUCACAGAUAGAAAUGGCAAUCUCGAAUUACACCACACAACAUGAAACCAAGAAAAGCACUGCUUUCUGCUUCCCAGUUGAAUCCUCUGAAAUUUAA